GAUUUUUUUUUUCCCGAAAUUCACGUUUUUGUUGCUGGAUUUGCUUGUGCUUUUCUUUCUUCUGCGUUGGGAGAACGCUGGACAGAACAAUGACACGGCAAGUAGGCCUCCUGCUGUUUAUCUCCAUGAUUUCUCUCAGCUCGGUUUUUGGGCAGGUCAGCUACUCCAUUCCAGAGGAAAUGUCGAAAGGAUCUUUGGUUGGAAACAUAGCUCAUGAUUUAGGCUUAGAUGUGAAAAGGUUGAAGUCGGGAAAAGCUCGUAUUUAUACCGGAGACAGCGCGGAAUACAUCGACCUGAACAAAGAAAAAGGCGUCCUUGUGGUCAAAGAGCGGAUGGACAGAGAAGCCCUCUGCGGGGAGACGACACCCUGCGCUCUUCAUUUUCAAAUCGUCCUCGAGAAUCCCAUGCAGUUUUACAGCAUUACAGUCGAGAUUACUGACAUUAAUGACAGUCCGCCCACUUUUAAACAUAAGGAAAUGAAAAUUGAAAUUAGUGAAACGGCGCAGUCUGGAUCUAAAUUUAUUUUAGAGGCUGUUGAUGACGACGUUGGUAUUAAUGGACUUCAGGGUUAUGCGCUGGAUCCGAGUGACAGGUUCGUUUUAAACUCUUAAAAUGGUGGCAGGAACGUCGAAAUGAUCUUAAAGGAGCCUCUUGACCGUGAAAAACAGGAUCGUCUGUCUUUGGUUUUAACGGCCACAGAUGGUGGAGACCCGCAGCUCUCUGGCACGAUGCUCAUCAUCGUUAAUGUUGUGGACGCAAACGACAAUGCGCCCAAUUGCACUCAAACUGAGUACAAAGCUAAUGUAAAAGAAGACGCAGUUAUUGGAACUGUGCUUACUACAGUGUCUGCAUCUGACGCAGAUGAAGGUCUGCAUGGAAAAAUACGAUAUUUAAUAUCAAAUGUUCCCAAAGGUGCGCAUGGAUUAUUUAGCAUGAACAGUGAAAGUGGGAUCAUCACUUUAAUGGGAAAACUUGAUUAUGAGAAAUUUAAGCAUUAUGAGAUUGACGUGCAAGCAGCAGAUGGAGGUGGUAACACAGACGUCUGUAAAGUUAUAAUAGAUGUGAUAGACGCAAAUGAUAAUGUGCCAGUAAUUAAUAUUAUGUCAACCUCAGCUCGUAUAUGUGAGGAUGUUGAUCCAGGUACCGUUUUGGCCAUGAUUAAUGUUCAAGAUCCAGAUUCAAAUGAAAAUGGCAAAGUCCAUUGCGCUUUAGAUGAAAGUGUGUAUUUUACAAUCCUGUCUGCUUCAAAUAACUUCUUUACUUUAGUAACAGACAGUAAAUUAGACAGAGAGAGAUCGUCUGAGUAUAACAUCACAGUGACCUGCUCUGAUGAGGGAGUGCCUUCCCUCUCCAGCAGCGUCACUCUGACCUUACAGAUCUCAGAUGUGAAUGAUAACGCGCCUGUCUUUGAGAAGAUCUCAUAUGAGGCCUACAUUGUAGAAAACAACACACCAGGCCUCUCUAUAUUCACAGUGAAAGCCACAGAUGCUGACUGGAACCAGAACGCACAUGUUUCUUACAUACUGGAGGACUCCUCUGUUAACGGAGUGUCCAUCUCCUCAUAUGUGUCAGUGAGAGCUGAUAGUGGAGUCAUCCACGCAGUGCGCUCUUUGGACUACGAGCAGAUCAAGGACUUCCAGUUCCGCGUCAAAGCGCAGGAUGGAGGCUCCCCUCCACUCAGUAGUAACGUGACUGUGAAAAUAGUGAUCCAGGACCAGAACGACAACGCCCCUCAGGUUCUGUACCCGGUCCAGACUGGAGGCUCUGUGGUGGCUGAGAUGGUUCCUCGUUCAGCAGAUGUGGGCUAUCUGGUGACUAAAGUGGUGGCUGUUGAUGUGGACUCUGGACAGAAUGCCUGGCUCUCCUAUAAACUGCAGAAAGCCACAGACAGGGCGCUGUUUGAAGUGGGUUUACAGAAUGGAGAAAUAAGAACUAUCCGCCAAGUCACUGAUAAAGAUGCUGUCAAACAAAGACUGACUGUGUUCGUGGAGGACAACGGGCAGCCCUCUCGUUCAGCUACAGUCACUGUUAACGUGGCGGUGGCGGACAGCUACCCUGAAGUGCUGUCGGAGUUCACUGACUUUACGCAUGACAAGGAGUACAAUGACAACCUGACUUUUUACUUAGUGCUGGCUUUGGCUGUAGUUUCCUUUCUCUUCAUCACGUGUUUAGUGGUUAUUGUAUCAGUGAAAAUCUACAGAUGGAGACAGUCUCGCAUCCUGUAUCACUCCAGUCUUCCGGUGAUUCCAUAUUAUCCACCACGUUACUCAGACACUUUGGGGACAGGGACUCUGCCACACGUGUACAACUAUGAGGUGUGCAGGACGACUGACUCCAGAAAGAAUGACUGUAAGUUCGGCACAGCUGGUAGUCAGAACGUGAUAAUGGACCCCAGUUCUACAGGAACCAUGCAGCGGAUACAGAGUGAAAAGAACAUCCUGGAUGAACCAGAUUCUCCUCUAGAGGUUAGUUAA